UCCUCGGUCCCUCCUUCCAAGGUUUCAUCAUUUGCACCUUCCCCGCCAACCACAUCUAUUGUCAAUUGUGCGGCAGAGGAAGGAACAAAGGAACUCCUACGACACCUUUUGUAACAUUUUGUCUUGACUGCAACGAAAGAAUAUGCGACAGGGAAGACUCGACUGGCUGGUCCCACAAUGAAGGACACGUUGCGGAAAACAAGGUCCAAAAUAGACCAAGGCAAUGAGUUUGAUGUCAGUUCCGACCUGACCUUUCAUUCCUCAGAGUCCCAUUCCCCCAACCCGUGGGCCAGCGAGAAUUCAUCUGCGGUCAACGGAGAAGACAUACUAUCUCGUCAAGUGUCAAAGACCUCCAAAAGCACUGGUACCACUUCCCCCAAUCGCAAUUUUGCUCAAUCACAAUCCCCCUCUCCAGCGGCUUCUCGUCUGGAACCCCCCGUGGAGGCUGCCCCUUCUGCCGAUGAGCCCGCCAAAGUAACUCGACGGCGGAAGACUGUUACCAAAACUCCUCAUACUUUUGAACUCGAAACUGAUCUGCACCCUCCAAAACCAAAAGAACAACAGCCUCCCCCGGAACCCCCGAAGCAGGAGCCAGUUAUGACUUCGCCCGCCCCCAAAAAGAAGAAACGAGUAUCUUCUGUCGUCCCACCCGUCGAUGGAGUAGCAGCUGGAGCUCCAGCGCCAUCCCCCGUGCAAUCAACGACGCCCAAAGUUGUUCCGAUCGUCCAACAGCCUCCUACUCCUACGACUAAGUCGGCGGUUGCCCCUGCGCCAGCUCCAGCUCCAGCUCCAGCUCCAGCUACAGCAAAAGAACCCAACGGUUCUUCGUCGGUCUCUUCCCCAACAUCAACCAAGUCACCUACUCCUGGACCGGCGCCAGUAAAUCCCUUCACUUCAACCCGACCCAAAAAAUCCCUUUCGACUUCGGCUCCUCUCCUUGCUCCCAACCCUUGUCGCUUUACCCCUCCGCCCCUUCCACAGGAGGCAUUUCAUGGAAAGGUCAUUGUCAUAACCAACGGUGCCUCGCAGAUCGGACAAUCUGUCGUUCGUCAACUCCACUCCGCCGGAUGUCGAGUCAUCUUUGGUGAUACCAACGCUGAUCAGGCUCGCAAAUUCAUCAGCUCAUUGGGUCCUCCACAUGUGGUCCACUUCAACAAGGUGGAUAUGACGAGGUAUGGUGAUAUGCUCGAACUGUUCAAACUUGCUGUGACCAUGUAUGGCCGUGUCGACCAUGCCAUCUUCAACGUUGGCGACGAUGGAGGACAUGCAUGCACGGUCGGAGAAGGAGAAAGGGGAUGGUUCGAGGAUCGAACGGGCAUCAACAAAACUCCUCGCAUGGCUUAUAGUGAAGUUGAAACAGAGCCGGCUAAUCUCGGAGACGUGUUAAUUGCUAGUGUGCGCUUCGCCCGCAUCGCUCUAGCAUAUCUCAAAUACUCUCCAAAGGGAAAGGCCCGCAAGAAGCCGGUCAACCCCUUCUACACUGCCCCACCUCCGUCGUCCUCAGACGAGGGAAAGGACGAUCGAAGUCUGACCUUCGUGACGAGUAUCGCCGCUUUCAAGGAAAUGCCGCUUCUUCCCAUCUAUCAAGUGACCCAACAUUCAAUUCUUGGACUGGUACGAAGUUUACGGACCACCGUCGACCCGGACCCGGAACGUGAUGGGGUUAGAAUCAAUGCUGUGGCAACCAACAUCAUGGUGCCGAGAGCUGUUGCCCAGUCAGGAGGCCGCAUGUCUGUCCAGCUCCCACCUGAUCGGCCGGAAGAUGUUGGACGUGUGAUCGUCGGUGUGUUGGCAACAAACUCGAGCACACCAAGCGUAGGAGGCGGGGACACGGGUAUUUCCAAUGGGGGUGGAAUAUGGUAUGAGAAAGGGUUUGAGAGAGGCAUGCGAGAAAAGUAUCUUCAUGGUAGAAUUCUUUACAGUGUUGGAUCUGAAUCUUGGGAUAUACAGGAAGGGUUGGAUCGAAGUGAGAACAUUUGGGUCGGAGGAUCGAGCAGCGAGGCUCUUGCUAGAGGCAUGGCUGGAUUGGGUAUCACAGGAAAGAUGAGUGGGUCGGAGAGUACUUGGAUAUUGGACCUUGCGUGAUAGGCGUGAAGUUGGUCCUCGAAUAGACUGGAAAGGAUCUAUUUGGCAAUUUCUGGGAUUCUCAUAUCCAGUGAAGGAUGCAUCUGAUCCAUGAUUCAUGUGGCGACAUACGAAGACAGCAAAACAUAGACGCUCCUGGAAACUUUGGUCUCAAUAUCAGUGGUCGUGAAAUGAAUGUUGAUUUGGUUUGGUUAUGAUAG